AGCACCAAUAUAGAAAGUUUAAUUUUUCCUCUGUCGUCUCUCUAAUCUGUCUUUGUGGAUUUAAAACAAUCUUGUCAUCAUUGAUCUUAAACCUGCUGUGAUGCUUUAAGAAGUGGAUUUGCAAGUGCGAAUGGAAAAAUCUGCUGAAUUUGUCUACUGAGGAAAGAAAAUUAGACCAUACAGUUCAGUAUGACAGGAGAGUGAGUAAAUGAAGAAAAUACAGGUACAUCUCAAUAAAUUAGAAUAUCAUGAAAAGGUUUUUUUUUUUCCUGUAAUUUAAUUCAAAAAGUAAAACUUAAAUAUAUUCUAGAUUUAUUAGACAAAGUAAAAUAUUUCCAGACUUUUUUUUUUUUUUUUUUUUCAUUUUGAUGAUUACAGCUUGCUGCUCAUCAAAAUCAAAAAAUCAGUAUCUCAAAUUAUUAGAGUAUUUAAUUUCAAGUUCUAUUAAAUUACCAUUCUCAGGUUAUAAAUAAAUGGUUUAAGGCCAGUAAUCCCAACAGCAGUCAUGGGGAAGUCUGCUGAUUUGACAGUUGUCCAGAAGACGAUCAUCAAGACCCUUUACAAUGAGGGUAGGCCACAGAGGGUCAUUGCUGAAAGAGCUGGCUGUUUGCAGAGUGCUGUGCCAAAGCAUAUUCAUGGAAAGUUGACUGGAAGGAAAAAGUGUGGUAGGAAAAGGUGUACAAGUGAAAGGAAUGACCGCAGGCUUGUGAAAAUUGUCAGGCGAAGCCGAUUUAAGAACUUAGGAGAGCUUCAAAAGGAGUGGACUGAAGCUGGAGUCAGUGCAUCAAGAGCCACUGCACUCAGACGUCUUCAGGAAAUGGGCUACAACUGUCACAUUCCACGUACCAAGCCACUUCUGAACCAAUGACAACGUCAGAAGCGUCUUACCUGGGCUAAGGAGAAAAAGAACUGGACUGUUGCUCAGUGGUCCAAAGUCCUCUUUUCAAAUGAAAGUAAAUUUUGCAUUUUAUUUGGAAAUCAAGGUCCCAGUCUGGAGGAAGAAUGGAGAGGCACAGAAACCAUGUUGCUUGAAGUCCAGUGUGAAGUUUCCACAGUCAGUGAUGAUUUGGGCUGCCAUGUCAUCUGCUGGUGUUGGUCCACUGUGUUUUCUGAAGUCCACAGUCAACACAGCCAUCUACCAGAAAAUUUUAGAGCAUUUCAUGCUUCCUUCUGCUGACAAGCUUUAUGGAGAUGCUGAUUUCAUUUUCCAGCAGGAUUUGGCACCUGCCCACACUGCCAAAGGUACCAAAAGGUGGUUCAAUGACCACGGUCUUACUGUGCUUGAUUGGCUAGCAAACUCGCCUGACCUGAACCCCAUAGAGAAUCUAUGGGGUAUUGUCAAGAAGAAGAUGAGACACACCAGACCCAACAAUGCAGAUGACCUGAAGGCCGCUAUCAAAGCAACCUGGGCUUCCAUAACACCUGAGCAGUGCCACAGACUGAUCGCCUCCAUGCCACGCCGCACUGAUGCAGUAAUUCAUGCAAAAGGAGGCCCAACCAAGUAUUGAGUGCAUAGAAAUGAACAUACUUUUCAGAAGCCUGACAUUUCUGUUUAAAAUAUCCUUUUUUUAUUGAUCUUAGGAAGUAUUCUAAUUUAUUGAGAUAGUGAAUUGAUGGGUUUUUAUUAAAUGUGAGCCAAAAUCAUCACAAUUAAAAGAACCAAAGACUUAAAGUACUUAAGUCUGUGUGCAUUGAAUUUAUUUAAUACACGAGUUCCACAAUUUGAGUUGAAUUACUGAAAUAAAUGAACUUUUCCACGACAUUCUAAUUUAUUAUUAACUGCAUCAGAAUUUAAGCAGUUUUAUCUUUAAUAUAUUCUAAUCUAUAAAGGUCAUUUGCGGACAAUUAUUUUCCCGCCUCUCCAUGUACAAGUAAGUCCGCAAGAUGUCGCCAACAUUCAGAUAACAGAAAAAAAGCAUAUGUCCGGUGUCUGGUGUGUCUACUUUAGUUCCCUCUGUGUGCCUGCUUUUACAGGCAUUUCGUCGUCAUCUCCCUAAAUAUUACACUACAAAUCUUUUUAUAAACACCAACAUAUUUUGAGGCUUUACUUCUCACAACACUAAAUAUAGCCUGUUGAAUGUCAGUUAUUGCCCUGUCUGAUUAUAUGGAAAGCAAACUGAAGUCUGGUCACUCCAUUGAGUCUCAUAAAAAGACACGACGAAGGAGGCGCUCUCCUCAACACUUUACUGAAGGGAGAACACGAAAUGUGGACAUUGGAGAAUGGACAGACUGUGACUACUGAUGAUGGAGCGAUAUCUACCUUAUCUGCCUUCAGAAAGUCAGUUCUUUUAACCCUUCAGUGUCCCCUUCUGGAGUGGAAGAGCUGUCAUGGGAGAAGCGCGGCACUUCGCACGCGUCUGGAUUGAUGGAGAACCGCGAAACUUCGCAGUGGAUGCAAAACAUCAUGAGAACGCGUGUCCAGCGCGGUAGAACGAUGGAACGCGGACGCAAUACACUGUAACAAAGAUUCCCAUAAGGGAUCAUUACAGACCAUAUGCCAUGAGGACUCAGAAGUCCCACGGCCGGACGUCAGGCACACCUUCCCGCCAACGCCUGCCACGUUUCAGUCUACACUCCAGGAGAAAGAAGGAAUGUGUAAUCCAGGGAAAGCUGCGUAUCCGUUCUAUGCCGGGUGCCUUUCUGGUGCUUGGGGUGGUGGUGGUUGUUGUUGGCACUGCACUUGCCGUGGCGGGCUACUGGCCAUAUAGGCCUCGAUCAUCAGUGGACACAGAGGAAGGAUCCUCUGGAACCGCAUCAGGAUGGGGAUUAGGGUCCAAAGGACAGUUUUCUGCAGCAAGUCUGGUUCAUAGCGAAAGGAUGAAACUUCUAGGACCUGUCAUAAUGGGAGUGGGACUUUUCAUACUUAUUUGUGCCAAUACGGUACUCUAUGAGAAUCGGGACAGGGAAACUCAAAUGCUUCUGGCUCAGAUGCGGAGCGUCAUUUGCUCUGUUUCUGCAGCCAUGCCUUCGGCUGACCUCUUGCAGGUGAACUCUCUUGCCAGGCACUACCAGUGGGUCAGCAGUUUACCUGCAGCCCAUCUGAACAUCCUCUGCCUGCAUGAAAUGUCCAGUUCGGAGCCUUUACUCCAAGUGAAGAGCAUGGAUGAGGAGGACAGUAUUCAGCAGCAAGACACAGUGCACACUGAGGUUCUUCAUCAUCAGGACUCUUCCUCUUCCCCCUCUAUUCACUCCUCCAACUCUUGCAACAACAGCAAAGAGAUGUUUUGCACAGAGGUACAGGGGGCCACCUCUGCACUGGAUCUACGGCAAGAAAGUCACUUUGGUCUCAGCAACUGUAUGACUGCAUCCUCUAUGUCCACACUAGGUGGGGAGGACUGUGAGAUCUUCUCCAUCCCACCCAGACGCUCCUACAGCAUGAGCCACAGGACUAAACCACAUAUACUGCCCAGGGAUCUGGUUCAUCUAGAGGACAAGUCUGUGUCAUCUAUGGGUCACGAUGGACUGCUUCCAAGACAAUCCAGCUCAGAGGUGUGUGUGAACAUGGUUGGAGUUGGCAUUACAACCCUUGACCUUAUACCUGUGGAAGAGCAGAGGCACCGCAGCUGGCCUCGGCUAGACCUCGGAAGCGCCAGGAGGUAUCUCAAGCUGGAGAACAAAGAGGACUCUGUGGACAAGUUACUGGACCAGCUUGAGCAGCAAUGCUUACAAAUGAACAAAAGCUAUGGCUCAGGUCCCUUCCAAUGAGCUGAGGUUUAAUCAUUACAUUAAUGGAUUGGCAGUUCCCAUGGUCAUUAGGAGGAGUCUCACUAAGUGACAUACACUUGGAAUAACUCAAAUUGGCACAAGUUUCCAGUGGAUAUUGUUUGCACAGUUUCUGGAAUCCCUUGAGGCCAACUAAUUUGCUGAUUUCCAAGACCUGGCCAUUUAUCGCACUUGACUAGUUUUUGCAACUAGUUUGUUUGGAGAUUUGCGAAGUAUGGAAAUGUCACUUGAAAGAACAUUAACACCUGCAACAUGGUUCCUGCUGCCCUUGACGGUAUGGAAAUGUAAGCAUACAUAUUAAAGGAAGCUAAGGAUGGAGGUAUUUUACAGUCAUGGGAAUAUGCUAAACAGUUUGUGAUGUCAGAUUAUUGGAUGGAUCCAAUUAUGUGUAAACGUCCAGUUGGUGGGAUAAGUUUGUUAUUGUUGCUAAAGUCCUACUUGUUACUAAGACACAGUAAGCAGCAUUUCUUAAUCUACGAGGUAGAAUAAACUAAGACCUCAGCAGUGACUAGAUUCAAAGUAAACACAUUUCUGACUUCCGAAUUCAGGACAGCCAAAAGCAUGGCUCCAGAUUUGAUAGAGAUAAGAGCCAAAAAUGGAGAAUGCUGGUUCUUUGACCAAAAAAUGUAUUAAUCCAAACAGCGUAUUUACUGUUGAAUUGUUAAUUUAAAUGAUUACAAGUUAAGGUAAAGAAACCUCAGUUGCAAUGUCUGUAAAUCUUUGUCUAUGGUUUCCCAGAGUGUCUAUUAUCCUUGUAUCUCACAUUUCUUCCAUCUCUGCCUGACAGCAGUGAAACAGAAGCAUUCAUGAUGAGGGUGCAAUGCCCUCUUGGCUUCAUUAACCAAGGUGAUCAGUGUUUUUGCAUGCACUAAUGCGGGUACAUAAUUGCUUUCCCUUUAAAGGGAGGAGCUGGACAGAGCCCCUCCUCUUUGCAAUGAAAAUGUGUAACUUCACCCUGUUUACAAAAACAAGGCUGUCACCCUGUCUCUAUUUUGUCUGUGUAGACUGUUUUGGUACGCUGUGUUAUUUGCUGUGUGUUCUCAAUGUAUACUGAGCAAUAUCCACAGUCUGACUGACCAAUCAGUGAUCAGACACACCUUUGAACUGAAUUCCAUGCCUGUGUUGCAAAUAAAAGGUGAAACAAAACCACUUUGAAUGUAA